AUGGGGAGCAAGAAGAAGAAACAGGAAAAGAGAAAGGACUUCGUCAAGCAACGGCUCAAGGUCGGCAAGACCGCAAAGGCUGCCAACUUCACGGACACUUCGUUCAAACUGAAGGGUAUUUCCUUGCCCAACCAAGCGAUUGGAGCCAAAUCAAUCGAGCAGUACAUCUCUUUGACUAGGCACCAUUCUUUUUCCACUCGAAAAGAGGUGUUGGUGAUGCUCCAGAAACACAUUCCAAACGACCCCAAGCUCAAGCAGCAGCUCAUCAAGGCGUUGAUUCCUAUGAUCACUGACGAUGCCAAAGAAGUGAGAGAUGCAUUGUUGGAGUUGAUGAAGAUGUUGGUGGAUACUAACAUGGCAUUGGUCGAGGUCAACUCAAACCAACUCAUCCUUUACAUCCAUUCAGCUAUGAACCACAUCAAUCCACUGGUGCACAACGGGUCUGUGGGGUUUGUCAAUUUAAUUGUCGAUAACUUUCCGUUGCAUCUCAUCAAGUCUCACUUUGUCAAAACUCUUGAUGGAUACUUUAAUUUACUCGGGUGGACCAAGACCAAUAACAAGUCAGUGUCGAGCGUUCUGAAGAAGAAUCUUUUGACACAUUUGGCGAGUUUUAACAAGUUUUUGGAUGUGAGCUUACAAGAGUCUGAGUCUUCUGACAAAGUGCACUACAAUGCCCUUACCCACCUCUAUACUUUUCCCACCUCUGGAAACCCUUUCACACAGCUUAACUUGUUCAGCGUAUUAAAUGGCUCAUCGACAGACUUGGUGAGUAGAAAGAAGGUUAUAGUCGAGACGUACAAGCCGUGGAUUCUAUUUAAUCUGAAAAGUUUACUCAAUGACACUGCUGAGGUCAGCCGAUUGGCCCAAUGCAUAGUGGCACUUGUAGAGGGGUUAGAAUGA